AUGAUUAAGAAAAACGAAAUAUUAAAAGAUGUAAAAUUUGUUCUAAGAUUUGAAAGAUUGUUUUAUAGUAAUAACUAUAAAGAUGUUGAAAAAAAGUUAAAAUAUAAUAGUCACCUUCUAAAAUUAAUUAAAAAUGUAAAAAAGAUAAAUGAAUGUCAUACAUCAUAUAAAGAGGAAAGUGAUGUAUAUAAUUUGGAUGUAGCAAUAUGUUAUUUGUAUAAAAAUGUAAAUAUAACAUAUGAAAAUGAUUUAAAAAAAAAUAGAUAUAAUAAUUAUAUAAAUGAUCAUAAUAAUAAUAACAAAUAUAAUAAUAAAAUAGAUUCAUAUGAUCCAUAUAUGAAAAAUGAUAAUUGUAAAGUAAUAAUCAAUAAUAUAAAUAAUGGUAAUUCAAAAAAUAAAAUGUAUUUAUAUAUUAUGAAUCAUAUAAAUAUGUUUACAACUAACCAUGUACUAUUAAUAUUAUAUAGUUUUCUUAUAUAUAAAAUAAAAUGGGAACAUAUAAAAAAAAUUAAUGAACAUGUUUUAAAUAAUAUAUAUAAUUUUAAAACAUAUGAAUUAAUAUUAAUACAAAUAUUUUUUACUUAUUUUGAAAUAAAAUAUAAUGAAAAAAAUAAAAGAAAUGAAAGUAGAUAUAAUUUCCAAAAAGGAAAUAGUAUAUCCUCAUAUGCAAAGAAUCACAAAAUACAGAAUAAUGUAAUAACAUAUGUGUCAAGGGAUAUGAUUAAAUAUUGUAAUUCUAUAUAUUAUAAAAGAAAAGAAAAUUUGCAUUUAAAGGAUAUAAUACAUUUAUGUUGUAUAUAUUAUAAUUAUAAUGUGUAUAAUAAAGAGUUAUAUGAUUAUUUUGUGGAUAUUCUAAACAAACAAUUGUAUAUGUUAAAUAUUAAUAAAAUUAUGGAAAACAUAAAAAAGGAUCACAAUAAUUAUAGAACGAACAACAAAAUGAUCCAUAAUCAUGUACAUAUGUUUAACACAUUUCAGUAUAAUCAUGACAAAAUAGAUUUUUAUUCUAAGCACGAGUUUGAUAAAUUGUCAACAAUUAUUGAAGGAUACUACUAUCUGUCUUGUAUACCAAAUAAAGGAAAACAAAUUAGGACGUUUGAUAAAUUUUCAGAUUUUAUAAAUAAAUAUAAAGAUAUAAUUAUACAUUUAAAUAUUAAUGAAGUGUUUUUAUUACUACAACUAUCUCAAAAUAUUAAUUGUGUACAUAUAAAAUUAUAUAUUUUAGAUAUACUGUCUAAUAAAUUAUCACAAGGAUAUUUGGAUAACGAUCAUUUGUUAGAGUAUCAAAAAGGAAAGGAACAUGUAGACGAUAAAAAUUUUAAUAAAUGUAUAAAUAUAUUUAAUUCGUUAUAUCAAUAUAUACUUAUAUAUAAUAAUAAUUGUGGAAAUAAUAAUAGGGUUGAAAUAAAAAAUAUAUGUAAUAAUUUAUGUUAUAAUAAUAUAUAUAAUACACAUAUUGAAAAUAAAGAAAAGAGUACUAUAUCUUUAAAUCAUAAUUAUGAUAUUGAAAAUAAUAUUUGUCGAAACAUAAAUGAGAAAAAAAAAGAAGAAAAAAAAAAAAAAAAAGAAAUGAACUUUUUUGAUCAUAUUAAUGAAUAUCUUAUAAUAAAUAACAUUUUUGAUAACCAAAAAUAUCUUUAUAUUCUUAUUUCAUGCUUGAACAAUAUAGAAAGUAAUAAUAUUUUUUCUAUGGUACAUUCCUUAUUCUUUUUUUUAAAUUCAUUAAACAAAUGUAACAAUAUAGACCUUAUUUUAUCAUAUAUAAAUAUAAUAAGUAGACAUAUAAAUAAUAUAUAUAUAUUAACCUAUGUAGAAUAUUUUUAUAAGUGUAUGACCACAAGAGUCUAUCAUAAUUUUACUGCAGAAAAGCUUGAAAUAUUAAUGUUAAAUAUGCUUCAAUUUUUAAGGCAUAAGAAUGGUAACAAAUUUAUAAAAGAUGAAGAAGGAAAAAAUGUAAAAAUUCAGAGAGAGGAUGAAAAAAUAAAAAAUGAUAAUACAAAUGAACAUAUAAUAAUUAAAAAUAUAAGAAAUGAAGAAAUAAAUGAUUGCUCUUCAAAUAUUUUAAAAGAAAACAAUUUAAAUAUAAGGAAGGAUUCUUUUUUUUAUAAAAAUGAAGAAUUUCUUUUGUUCCUAUACCAUAAUAAUCAACAUAUGUAUGAACAUGUACGAGAUAAUUUAUUAAAUAUCCAAAUAGAUAAAAUAAAUAAUUUACAUGAAUUUUUAUUUCAUUAUAUUUAUAAAAACAUGAUAAAUUAUACAUUAUUAUAUUUAACAAAAUUUAUAUUUUAUAUUAAUAAUAUAACAAUACUUGAUAAUAUACUACACAUAUUUUUAAAUAUAUAUAAUUAUUAUUAUAUAUAUAAUAACAACAAUAGUAAUAAUAAUCAUAUGGAAUUAUUAUAUAAACCAUCAAUAUUAUUUUUUCAGAAAAUUAUACUCUUAAAUUUUUUAAGUAUAUAUAAUAAUAAAGAAAAUACAUAUAAUACAUAUCAUAAUACUACAGUUCAUAAGAUUUUAAAUAUAAUAACCAUAGAUAAUAAUAAUAAUAAUAUAAAUAAUGAUAUAUUAAUCUUUAAUUAUAUGAUGAAUAUGUAUUUUAUAAAAAAUUCCUUUUGUUCCAAAUCAUAUAAUGAAAAUAUUUUAGAAUAUAUAACAAAUAUGAUACAACCUUAUGUUAAGGAUAAAAUUUAUUUAAAAUAUUACAAUGGAUAUAUAACGGAUUCAAAUAUAAAAAGUAAUAUAAAUACAGAAACAUAUAAAAGAGUCCCUAUAAAAAAUAUGAUGAUAUGUCAAAUGAUACAAAAUCAUUUUAAUACAUAUGUAAUUAAUUUAUUACUACUACUUUAUGAUAACAAAAAUUUUAACAAAAUAUUUGAAUUCAUAAAAGAGUAUUUGUAUACCUAUGCCACUAAACAUCACUAA